AUGGGUGUACAAGGGAUCAAGGGCAUCUAUGUCGCCCUCAUCACACCGUUUACUCACGACCAGGGCUCCAUUGACUUCCACGCGCUCGAUGAGCACAUCAAUCGGCUCAUCGAUGCUGGUGUGCAUGGGCUCGUUCCUGGCGGCAGCACCGGCGAGUUUACAGCUCUCAGCACCGAAGAGCGCAAACAGCUCCUGGAGGCGGUCGUCAAGUCAGCCAACGGUCGUGUCGGCAUCAUGGCCGGAAUCGGUGAUCUUUCCACCGCCAAGACCAUUGACCUCGCCGAGCACGCUGCCAAGGUGGGCGCGGACUCGCUCAUGGUCGCUCCCCCGUUUUAUGACGCGCCGAGCUUGGACGAGCUGAGAGCGCAUCUCUCCGACAUCCACAAGGCCUCCGGCCUGCCCAUUGUCUACUACAACAUCCCCUCCGCCACUGGUGUGAGUCUCACAACCGCUGAGAUUGCGUCUCUAAGCGAGGUCGGUGUGCAGUACCUCAAGGACACGUCUGGAAACGCACCUGCUCUCACAGAUCUGAUCUUCAACGACGAGCUCUCUUCCCGCGUCACUGUCUUCAACGGCUGGGAUACUUUGACCUUUUACGGCCUUGCGGCUGGUGCGGAAGGCUCCGUCUGGGGAGCCACGAAUAUCGUCCCCGAACUAUCCAUGAAAUUGUGGGAAGCUGUCGCCGUGCGUGGGGAUCUCAAGGAAGGGCGUGAAAUAUGGAAGAAGAUUUUCCCCAUCUGCAAGCUGCUGGAAUCAGGAAACUACGCCGCCUUUGUCAAGACCGGCAUGGAGCUACGUGGGUGGAAGACUGGUGGUAUGCGGAAGCCUUACAACAUGACAAAGAGCGAGGGUCGGACGAAGCUUGCUACCGCCCUGAGGAAUGCUGGAGUCAGCAUCGAUGAUUAA